AUGGCUUUCUCAGCAAAAUCGGCUCUUCUUUGCUUUUUCGUUGGGGUACUGUACCUCAUGCAGCUUCAGGCACUUCCCAUACCUGGAAAUGACGCCGACAUCUCCCUGUCCUCUACGACAGAACUCGCCUCCGUAAACACCACCGCAAUUGACACGCUGACCGAAUCGGAAUCCUCCCUCCGAGUGAAAAGACAAGGUGGUGGCUGUGGAUGCGGAUGUGGCUGCUGCUGUUGCCGACCACGCUGCUGCUGUACAUGCUGUCGUACCUGUUGCUGCACAAGGUGCUGCACAUGCUGCCGGCCGUGCUGCUGUUGUCGACCAUGCUGCUGCUGCGGAGGAGGUGGCGGCGGCUGCGGAUGCUGCGGUGGCUGUGGAUGCUGCGGAUGCGGAGGUGGAGGACGCAAACGCCGAUCAAUCCAAAACUUGAAGAUCAAGCUUGCCGACAAAAUCGAGAGAGAACAAAGGGAGCCGCUCGUUCUGUGCCUAGGGCGGCAGCCUCUUCAAGGAGCAAAGCCGGGUUGUGCCCGUGACAAGACUGAAGGACUGUGCAGCAUGCUGAGGUCUCGAAGGGAAACGCGCUCAUCGGAGCCGUGCGAGAAGCCGGUCGAGCGAGGGCAGCCCGCUUUGCCUGAACAACCAGCCCAACCGAUGAUUCCUACACAACCAGAAGACUCAAAGGAGCUGAGCGAGUUUCCGUUCUUCAAGCCGGACCCAAAUACUCCCACUGAAUGGCCGCAGCCAGUGUUUCAGCUGGUCACCGAAAUGUACUCAUAG